UUAUUUUCCCUCUGAGGUCCCUCCCUGUCUCCCCCAUAUAAACCCCCAACUACAUUGUUUUCCUCACAACUGUUCCCACUGCCUUGUUGUGAAUUUCAUAUACAUUUUCCUGGAGUCAUCUGAUUUACACUGAACUAGACGUAACUGAGGGCUGUGGAAACAUGAAAAGCUACAUGGCUUUGGUCUUCUGUGUGGCAGCCUUGUCUGCAUGGAUGAUCACUGCAGAUUCCAAGGACUUAUCCAUCACCACUAUAAAGCAAGACCCAUACACCAUGAGCAAAGGCUCCGAGCUGGAGGGCUACUGCAUCGACCUGAUCUCUGAGCUCUCCAAAAAGGUGGGCUUCAAGUUCAAAGUGCACCUGGUGAAGGACAACCGCUACGGAGCCCUUGACUCAAGCGGCAACUGGAACGGCAUGAUUGGUGAGAUCGUCCGAGGGGAGGCUGACCUGGCUGUGGCCCCGCUGACCCUCACUGCAAUCAGAGAGCAGAGUGUGGACACGACCACUCCCUUCAUGCAAACAGGAAUCGGCUUCCUGCUGCACAAAGACAUGGCCUCUGAAGAGAGCACCUUCUGCCUGCUGUCACCCUUCUCUACUAACAUGUGGGUCGGUGUCCUCAUUGCAUUCCUGCUAACAGGUCUCUGCAUAUUCCUGGUGGGAAGGAUCAGCCCAGCUGAAUGGGCUGAGCCAGAAACAGAGGAGCACAACUUCACAUUAGUGCACAGCUUCUGGUACAUCACAGGAGCUCUCACCCUGCAAGGUGCUGGCCCCCACCCUAAAGCCCUAUCUGGACGACUCGUUAGCGCCAUCUGGUGGUUGUUUGUUAUACUGCUGCUGGCCUGUUACUUUGGCAACUUCAACUCCAUGUUGCACUCCAACAACAAACACGUCUCCAUUAAGACCUUUGAAGACCUCGCCAACCAGGACGCCAUCGAUUAUGGCACGGUCGAGGGUGGAUCCACCAUGCUUUUCUUUAAGUUUUCAAAGUACCCUGUGUAUCGGCGUAUGUACGAGCACAUGGAGCGUAAGAAGAGCUACGUGUCCAGUAUGGAGGAGGGCGUUCGCCGCUCCCAGGAAGGAAACUUUGCCUUCAUUGGUGAAGCAGUGUCCUUGGAUUUGGCAGUGGCUCGCUACUGUAAACUGACCCGUUCACAGGAAGUCAUUGCUAUGAGAGCCUACGGCAUCGCAGCACCUCUGGGUUCCCCGCUGGUCAAAAAUCUAACCAAAGCCAUCCUCCAGCUCAGUGAGUCCGGUGAGCUGAUGUAUCUGCGGGACAAGUGGUGGGCCAGCAGCUGCGUGGGUGCUGACAAGGCUCAGACCUCCGAGGCCCUGCAGCCCCACAACCUGCGGGGCCUCUUCCUCCUCCUGGGCCUGGGACUGGGUGUUGGGCUCCUGCUGGCCCUGCUGGAGCUCCUAUCCAGGGCCCGCAACCAAGCUAAGGAUGGCAAGAAAUCGUGCUGCUCAGUGUUGACAUCAGAGCUGAACUGGCGACUUGGCAGAGGAGGGGAGAGUGCGGAGCAAGAGAGUGCAGACAAAAGCAAAGCUUAAAAGAAAGGUUUACAUGUAAGCUUUUGAUGAGAUAGCAUCAGAGAUAAGAAAAAGCUAAGAGCCUCUGCCCUGUUCCAUUAAGCUAUCUUUCUGUUUCUGCAGUAACAGGCCAUGAGUUGUUGUCUGCUUUGUUGACUGUUCAGUGUUGUUCUGUCUUAUCAGAUUUCCCCAUCCCCACGCCCGACUAAUAUGCAUAAAUUUAACUUUUUGAAUUAUAAUAGUUUUGUAACAGUUUCUAUUUGUUUGUUUUUCCAAAUAAAUCCCCUAAUAUACCAAA